UCACUCUGACAGCGCAGCCGUGACCAAAACCACUGGUUUCAUGCAUUAUUCAGUCCGAACUCAAACAGAAGCGGCUGCACCUGAAAGAGAGUUUCUUUCCAGCGGGAUGGAGUUUGCGAUGGUUUCGUGAAUAAAUGCAUCAGCUCGGUUGAUAUGGAAGAGCCUGCCAGUGACUCGGAUGGUUUACAGCCUCAGGAUCUGUCCUCCGCCUGCAGCCUCCCCAACAUCUUCGAUCUGACGUGGAAUGCCGAGGAAUGCCUUCUGAAAGCCAACCCCAUCGACGCCUUGCAUGUCGUCCAGACGCCGGGCUGGUUUGUCAAUCCUGGGACCAGCAAUGGGAUGUUGCUUCCCGAAACCAAUCCUGAACCUCUUCCGCUUCCCACAGACCAGAUCCAACUGGAUAAUGCAUUUUCCAACACGACCGUCACGCUCUCCUACGUGAGCCGGUCGCACGUCUUCUCCGAGCAUUCCCCGAUCUACGGCGUUCCUUCCUUGAGCAAGGCGUUUGCGCUGCAUCCCGCCGCGUAUGAUGCCGGACAGCUGGUGACGGAUGCCGGAGAUGCUGCGCUUUCGGUGGACCAACACUGUCUCCAGCAGGUGUCUGUACCGGUCGGACUGACAGCCUGCGAUCAGUUCGGCUUCAUGUCGCCGGCUCAGGUCGUGGAAAACGUGGCGGCGUUCUGCUACCUUCAACAACCUCCGGAUAUGCAAGAUGUGGAAAACCUGGCUUUGGAAACGCUCAAAUCUUUACAAGCCGAUCCCAGCGAGUGCGGGUUCCCCAUCAGCGUGGGUGAGCUUCAAAACGGAGCUGCGAAUGGCCUGUGGAACGUCGGACCCUUCGAGGGAGGAUUUCCGGAGGACGAUGGCGCGAACGCAGACGCUUUGCACCGGAACGCCAAUCCGGAGCUCGUCUUUCUCAUCUCCAGAUCCGAGGAGCCAGUGGUUUUACCGAACGACGGCUUCGCCAUUUCAUUAAACCAAGACUUCAUUAGUCCGUUGGAUCCUGAGUCUCCGUCGGCGGAGCAAAUAGAGGAUGUUUUUGCAAGUUCUCCGAGUGGAGCAAAGCAAGAAGAACAGUUUGAUUCUACAAUGCCGGAGGCAGCUGAGACCGAAUCGCCAGAAACACCAACAGGGAAAACUGACAAAACGUGCAACACCGAGUCCAUGCAUGUCAACGAUGCAUCUGCAGAACAAACCGACACAGAUGCAUUCAAAACAAGCGGCAGCUCGCUCGCGCUUGAGAGGAGAAGACUGCCUCCGAGAGCUAGACGAGGUGUAAGAAUGGGAGCCAUUGUUCAAGACAUCCAUCCCAUCAGGAGUCGCGUGUGUAAAAGAAAAGCUCAGAAGAGCAAGUCCAAGAAAAAGGUGCUGGAAAGGAUGCGCAAUGUGGCGGAUGUAAAGAAGAAGAAGAAAAAGACGUUAGAAGAAACCGAUGUCAGACGUUCAAGUAGACGUAAAGCCACCCUAUCUACCUCAACUUCUGCAAAGACGCUAGAUGCAUUUGUAAAACGCACAAAGAAAAAAUCCUCCGGAAGGAUAAGAAACCUUCAUUCGGUACCAGUCAAGCAUCAAAAACCAAUGCCGGCUCAACAAGGCCUGAAGAAAUCUACCAAACGGAAGAGAAAGAAACACACGGUCGGCCAUGCAUCAUUUUUCUCGCCACAGGAACCAGAAAUCAAACUCAAAUGUCUGAACUACGAGGAGAAGAAGGAUGUGCGGGAUGAGACCUUCGCGCCUUAUGUGCGCAUGCAGAUCAAAGACUUCCCCAUCUGUACGGUGGUCAACUAUCCCGAGGACAGUGUCCGGAUCAAGCAGGGAAAGCGGCGGGCGUGUGGUGGGUUUGCGUCCGGUGAGAUGCCCGUGACGCCUGGAUUGCAGUACGGUCGGGUCUGUGUGGACGUCGCACAGCGGGAUGUUCUGGUCUGCUGUCUCUGCGGCGGCUCGGCCAAUGCCAUGGACCUCGGAGACUUGCAUGGGCCGUAUUACCCUGAAGGUUUCAAAUCGGCCUCUAAAGCGGUUUGUAAUCCACAGGAAGAGGAUAAUAGUGACUCCGACUCGUCUGUUCGAGGGAAACGUGUUGCUCCGGGCAGAUGGACCGAGUCUCUUUGGACCAGCGAUAGCCAGUCGUCCAAUAGUCCUUCAUCUAAGAGACCCAGGAUGGAUGGUGACACCGAUUGGUUCAGUCCUCCAGUGGUUCCUCUCAAUGCUAACGAGCACUGGCUCCACGAGGACUGCGCGAUAUGGUCCACAAGCGUCUUUCUGGUUCGGGGAAAGCUGUACGGGCUGGAAAAUGCGGUCAGGUUGGCUAAAGUGUCGGUUUGUUCGACGUGUCAAAGAAGGGGAGCAACGUUGGGCUGCGUUUUCAAAGGCUGCCCAAACAAAUACCACUACACGUGUGCACUGCAGUCCGGUAAGUCAUCAGCAGUCCUCUGCAUUCUGUUGCACAAUAGACACACACACACACAAACACACACGUUUUAUUGUGGUCCGAAACAUCAAAAUGCUGAUCUGCCUGUUAACAGCAGCUUUUGUGUCGGCAUUUGCUAA